CCAUAGCGGCUUGAAAAAAAGAGCAUUGUUUUUGUAUUCGCGGCUAUAUUGUAUUGUUAUGCACACAAAAAGAUUUUCAAAAUUCAAAAAAAAUUUAAAUUUUUAUUUACAACAAAAAUAAAAAAUGUCAAUCGGUGUUCCAAUCAAAGUAUUACACGAAGCUGAAGGUCACAUUAUUACCUGUGAAACAAUUAUGGGCGAAGUUUAUCGUGGAAAAUUAGUGGAAGCUGAAGAUAAUAUGAAUUGUCAAAUGUCCAAUAUAACCGUUACAUAUCGUGAUGGUCGUGUUGCACAAUUGGAAAAUGUUUUCAUUCGUGGAUCAAAAAUUCGUUUUCUAAUACUGCCGGAUAUGUUGAAAAAUGCACCAAUGUUCAAGAAAAUGGUCAAAGGUGGAUCAACAGCUAAUCGUGGAAAAUCGGCCAUAUUACGUGCACAAGUGGCACGUGGUCGUGGACGAGGUAAUACAGUUGGUGGUAGCAGUCGUGGUCCAAUCAUACCAAGACGUUAAUGAAAAUUUUCAAAUCAUUAUUUGUAUGUUUAUCCAAAUAAUGAUGAUAGAGAAACACAAAAAUUUUCAUC